UGUGUGGUCCCAGCUUCUCUUUUUUCUGUCUCUCUCCUGGUUCUUCCUCUUUCUCUCACAGUCUCUCUUCCCCCUUUUGUGGCUCUAAGCCUAUGAACUGGCGUGGGCCCUUCCUUACUACACACCCAGCGGGGCUUUAUAAAGGCAGGGCCGGAGGUCUCAGCAGCCACACACACUCUCUGCCUGUGCCUCUGCCUUUUGGUCUGGAUGCUGCUCUGAAAGCCGGCUGUGUCAACUGCUCCAGGCUGCAGGUCGCGUGGAUUAGAGAUGCUGACGCCACAUUACGGGGCCCCCAAUCUUCUCCUUAUCCUUCUUGGCUCCAUCCUCAUGGCUGUGGGCCAAGCUGCGAUAGACAGCCAAGUGCUGUACGAACUGGAGAAAGAGCCUGCCUACUGGGAUGCACAGGCAAAGGCAACACUGGAUGCUGCACUGAAACUCCGACCUCGGGACCACCAGGCCAAGAACAUGAUCCUGUUCCUUGGUGAUGGAAUGGGCGUGUCCACAGUGUCAGCAGCUCGAAUCCUGCGAGGUCAGAUGGAGGGUGGGUCUGGGGAAGAAACCAUGCUGGCCAUGGACACCUUCCCAUAUGUGGCCCUGUCUAAGACCUACAGUGUGGAUAAGCAGGUAGCAGACAGUGCUAGCACAGCUACAGCCUACCACUGUGGGGUUAAGGCCAACGCUAAGACAGUAGGACUCAGUGCUAACGCCGUGGCCUAUGAGUGCAACACCACCUUUGGUAACGAGGUCUACUCAGUACUACAACGUGCUAAAGCACAAGGUAAAUCAGUUGGCAUAGUGACCACAACACGUGUCCAGCAUGCCUCCCCAGCUGCGUCCUAUGCUCACUCGGUCAGCCGCACCUGGUACAGCGAUGCAGAUCUUCCUUCCAGUGCACGCCAACAAGGUUGCGUCGACAUUGCCACUCAGAUGGUCACCAACGUAGAUAUUGAUGUAAUUCUUGGGGGAGGAAGGAUGUACAUGACACCAAAAGGCACCCCUGACCCCGAGUACCCUACAUCCAACUCUCGCAAGGGCGACCGCAAAGACAAGCGGAACCUCAUUGACGUGUGGCUGAAAGCUAGACCUAACAAGAAAUCGCACUAUGUUUGGCACAGGAAGCAGUUUGAUGAGAUAAGUGUUAAAACUACUGACCGUCUCAUGGGUCUGUUUGAGCCCAAGGACAUGAGAUUUGAGGUUUUCCGGAAUGACACUCGUGAUCCAUCUAUUGUGGAGAUGACAGAAAAGGCCAUUCAAAUCCUCAAGAAGAAUCCCAAAGGAUUUUUCCUAUUUGUAGAAGGAGGGAGAAUUGAUCACGGCCACCAUGACGGCAUUGCCAAACUGGCACUGACUGAAACUGUGAUGUUUGACCGGGCUAUCCAGCGAGCAGCACAGCUCACCAGAGAAUCUGAUACACUGACUGUGGUCACUGCUGACCACUCUCAUGUCUUCACCUUUGGUGGAAACACACCUCGUGGGAAUCCCAUCUUUGGUCUGGCACCGAAGAAAGCAGACGACAAAAUGCCUUUCACCAGCAUCCUCUAUGCCAACGGCCCUGGUUAUGUUCACAUAAAUGGAACCAGAGGGAACAUCACAAUGGUGGAUUAUUAUGAUGAGGAAUACAUGCAGCAGGCUGCCGUCCCACUGGAUGCUGAGACACAUGGUGGAGAGGAUGUGGCCAUCUAUGCUAAAGGCCCAAUGGCACACCUUUUCCACGGAGUGAAGGAGCAGAACUACGUGGCACAUGUCAUGGCCUACGCUGCCUGUUUGGAACCCUACACGAACUGCCCUCCUCACCCUCACAGCCACUCUUCAGCUGGGUGUUUGAAUACACCUUUGAACCUCUUGUGUGGCCUGCUUGGCCUCCUCUGGCUGUUCAGAUGACCCCUAAACAAACAUAUAUCAACGCAGACUUACACAACUACUUUGCAUGCAUGCAGCAGGAACAGACUAUGCACUAAACACCCAGAGUGUACAUCCACACAAAUGCACUGUAUGCACACAUGCUGGCAAAUCAGAAUGCAGGGAUAAAUAUUCACACUACUGUAUUUGUCAACAGAAAAAAUAUUUACAUCACUCGAUAUCUAACCGUGUACACUUGUAACCUAUCAUGCAUGUAAAAUGCAGGCUUAAGCAUGCAUGUGUUAACUCUGUUCAGGUGCAUACUAACAAGCAGCCAGGCACUGCAGGCUAGUGAACAUGCAAAUAUGCAAAGAUUAAUCUCAUUUCAUGUGCAAGCAGUUCUUCAGGAAACAGCCCUUGCAAAGCCAUUAACACCUGCAGUGUUUUAUUCAAACAGUUUCUAACUUACACUUGCAACCUCACUACUCACCCGCAUUUACUACUCAUUUCAUUAGUUUAGAUUUGCCUCUUCUCAUUUCUUAAGUUUAAUAAGACACUGUUAGUGCUUUGCAAGGAGCUGUAAUUUACUAAUUACACAUUAAUCUGAGGCCUUGCCCAUAAUAACUUGAAACACACGAGCAGGCUGAGGGCUCACUGUUCAACCUUUGGACCUAUAGGCAGGACACGUAACUGUGCAUGAUUGUCACUGUCCACAAGGAAUAAAUAACUCCAUGAUGAUUACAAAAAUCUGAAUUAUGAGACAUCCAAAGCUGCAACACACACAAACCUUUCAAGAACUCAGUAAGAUGCUGUUCAUCUUUUUGAGGCUUUCAGGAAUAGAAUAUAUUGUGUGUAGCAUUUGUUUUUAAGUAUGUAACGUGACCUCAUUGGUUUUGACUUGUACAUGUCUUACAUUAGAUUGUAUGUCACUUGAUACAGUAUGUAUUCUGUUCAGAUUGUAAAUGAAUGUAUUUCAUAAGUAAAUUGUAAAUGUAUUUUUUUAUACAGUUUUUUUCUGCAAAUGCAUAAGCAUUAAAAAAAAUCUGGUUUUCUUGGUGA